GACGUUUCAACGUUAAUAAAAAAUUUCCGAUACAUAAAACUGCGGAUUUUAUAGAUUAGUAAUUAGUUUUAAACAAAAUAGGAGGUACGCAAGUGCAAUAAAAUCGCGUAAAUUGAAGGCGUGACAUUUUAUCUAACAAACGAGGAGUAAAAAAAUGUUGGACGAAAAAUUGCUGCAGGAACGUUUGGCCCAAUUCAAACCAGCCCCCUUAGUCGAUGCGGAUUCCACGAAAACGAAGGACUCGAUAGAGUCCUAUGUAAUCGAGGAGGACGAAAAUAACAUCGAUUUGGCCAAGACGAAUUUUCUGAAUUUCUUAGACAACGAAGAAAUAAAACAUUCGGCCGAGAACAUAAUCAGGAAAUAUGGGGUAGGGACCUGUGGACCCAGAGCCUUCUAUGGUACGACCGAUGUUCAUUUGGAAUUGGAGGAAAAAAUAGCCGAGUUUUUGGGAAUGGAAGAAUCCAUCGUGUACUCUUAUGGUUUCGUAACGAUUUCCAGUUCGAUUGCGGCCUACUGCAAGCGAAGCGACGUGAUUUUCGUCGAUAAAGAGACCAAUUUUCCGAUAAAACAAGGAUUACUCGCUGCGAGAAGUAAAGUGAUCUACUUCGAUCACAACGAUCCGGAUAGUCUGAGGUCGGAGGUCCAGAAAGUGGUACAGAAAGAGAAAAAAUCAUCGAGGAAAUUCCUGAUCGUAGAAGGAGUAUCGUGGAAAACCGGCAAACUGUUACCUUUAGAGGAAUUCCUCAAAGUGGCGGAGGAUUUUAAAAUGAGAAUUUUCCUGGAAGAAUCUUACUCGAUCGGCAUCUACGGGAAACACGGGAAAGGCAUCACGGAGCAUUUCAACAUCGAUCCCACCAGAAUCGAUAUGAUCAUCGCUUCUUUGGAAGUCGCUUUAGGUACUAUAGGAGGAAUUUGCGCGGGUUCGCAAACUAUCAUAGAACAUCAAAGAUUAUCAGGGGCGGGAUACAUAUUUUCAGCCUCUUUGCCUACGUUUUUGGUCCAAGCCUGCUUGGAAGCCAUCCGAUUACUGGAAGACAGACCGGAAAAACUACGAAUUCUGGCUAGAGAAUUUCAUUUAUUCUUGGAAGAAACGUGCAACUUUAAAGUCGAAAGCGAUCCAGAUUGCGCGUUUAAAGUAUUUACUGUUAAAGAUGAUCAAAAUCGCAAAGAAAAAGAAGAAAUCGUCCACGAUUAUUGCAAAAAGGAAGGUGUACAUUUUCUAAAAUCCGAAGCGGGAUUGGUUAUAAACCUUUCGAUUCAUUUACAAGAAGAUAAAUGUAAAUUGGAUAAAGUACAUCAAGUUCUACUAAAUGCCUCUAAAUUAUAAAUAAUUUUUAAAGUAA